AUGUCAUCUUCCUCAAGCCCAAAUUCGGUUCUCACUAUGGACGACAACUCUUCAGUGGAACAUUCAGUGAUCAAAAUCAAACCCUUGAGCGAAGCACUGGAGGUGCAACCAGUAUUGGUGCCACCAGUUGUGGUGGUCUCGACCUCGUCUGUAUCGGAAGAGAAGGGCCACUCGACAGCCAACGGCACGCAACGACAGGCAGAGGAUGCUGCGUCGCCCAUAGCCGUUGUCGUCACGGCCGCCGACACAGAUGGCGCAGGCCGUCGGUCCAGGCCGCGACUGCUUCUUCGCGCCCGGGACAAGACGCGACAGUAUCUGCCCGGUCAGCCGCGCGUAAGCCUGGAUCCGGCAGUACCAGCAGCCCACGGCCCGACCCCUAAUGAGCCGAGCCUGUACCACCUGCCCGACUAUCUGCGUAGGGCCCAUCUGACGACGGAGCUGGAUAGGCUGCUGCCUUUUAUGAAGUACAUCUUUGUGCAGACGCCAUCGCAUCGUCACAUCAUGCCACUACACCACCAGCCCGCCCACGGCCGCGACCGCAUCAUUGUUGAUGAGCACCCUGGCCUCCACCUGGUCUGGUACUAUGAGCGCAUCUACGUCAAGCCCAUCCCUGCCUACAUGUACAGCCAGGAGUUCUGGACCUACAUACACAACGCCGACCACGAUGUCUACAAAGCCUGUCUGGGCUUCGUCCGGUCGUAUUACCACCUGAUCCAGUAUGAGAUCGACUUCGACAAGGCCUGCGAGCUCAAGCUCAUCCCCAAGAUGCCCGAGACGGCGCGCCUCCCGACCUACGAAGAGUUUUGCGCCUUCAUCGCUCCAUUUGGCGACCACACCCUCGUCAGCGACGAGGACGUGAGCAGGCGUUUCCAAUACGGCGAGCUGCGGCUGUCGCGCAUCAACAAGACGACCAUGCUUGUGCGCCGCAAGUUUGCCUACUUCCACAUCUACCCGCAGUGGGGCUCGUACCUGUCGCACAUCAUUGCCCCCGUAGUCACCGUCUUCGCCUUCCUUUCCGUCAUCUUCAACGCCCUGCAGGUCACUCUGGCCGCCCACGAGGUCGGCUACGACAGCGUCGACCAGACCUGGUACCCGUUCCUCGAUGUCGCUGUCUGGUUCCCCGUCGUCGUAAUGGUCGCUAUUGCCGUGCUGCUGGCCGCUGGGAUCGGAGGCAUCGUCGUCAUGGGCCUUAAGGACCUCAUCUGGGCCAAGUCGGUACGGGAGCGGAAGAAGCAAGGCGACCUUACUGCGGGUGAAAAGGCGUACGGUGUGGUCUGGUGA